AUGACACUGAACAGGAAGACGAGGAUGGGAAUGGGGUCAUCACUCACACAUCAAGUGGCGAAGGCAAAACUCAAGUUGAUCAUAAGAUUAUGGAAGCGGUGGUCUUCACGUCAAAGUGAAUUGCGGGAGCGGCGACAGUUAGCUGCAACUGCUGCCCUGAAUUCUCUAUCCCUGGGCACUCCUAUCCGCUUUAGCAAAACUGAUCAAUCGAGGGCGUGUGGUGAGUUUGACAUUGAUCAAGCCAUGAAGAUGAGAUUUGAAGAACAAGAAAAAUCAUGGUCAAGGCUGAACAUUUUCAGAUGUGAUAGCUCUGAUACACUAGUCGGAAGGAAUCCAGACUCAAAAUGCAUAUGCUGGGAGAUCAUCUUAUCUACUCAGAUUAAAUCAGUCGAACACAUCAAGUCAGGAUUCACAUUCAGUAGCCAGUCGAUGCUUAUCAUCAAAGCUCACACUGAACAUAGUGUCUCCGAUGAUAAUCUGCUGUUUUCAGCUCCCGUACCGAACGGUUCUCUCCUUGCCAGUAAUCAGAGCUCAUGCAAUGGGGAAAGCGUGGGUCCUGAUACAAAUCUCGUCUCUGAACUAGGCCUCCAUGAUAUCGACAAAUCAAAGAUAGCAAGCUUCAGCGUCGUCUCUAUUGCUAACAAGUCCCAGAAGGGACAUGAAGUUCAUUUUUUCAGCGAUUCACGGCUUAGGGACGGGCUUAAAUGGCUUGCGGGCAAUUCACCUCUGCAACCAAAUCUUCAUCAUGUUAAGCCGCGGGAACUUGUUCUGACCCAUUUCAGCUUUUCACUGGAGUUGCUUAAGCAGAUGCCAGAUCAGGAAGUUCGUCCUAACAUCUGCAUAUCAGCCUUCAACGACGCAUUGGAAACAUCACAGAGAAACAUUUCUUCUGCUGCUGAAUCAAAUCCGAUCGGUUGGCCUGGCCCUGAGAUAAUGUUGCUUGAUGAUAAUAAGAAAGAACAUUUAAUGGUGAAGCGGUAUCUACCAAACCUUGACUGGAGCAGUGCAGAGAGCAUCGAGCCAAUCAAUUCCGUGCUCGAGAACUGUAAGCUUCCAUAUUUUGAAGAUGAUUUGACUUGGUUAACCCUAGGAUGUGCUUCUGGUGCUGAGAUAGAGAACCAUACGCAACGGCUCGAGGGAAGCUUAGUUGAGUACUUGACACAGACAAGCAAUCUUAUGGGAGUCUCAUUAGCCACCAAAGAAACAGGAGUGAUGCUACAAAGAAACACCAGGCUCGAACUCCACAACUCGAGCUACUACCAUAUCAUCCCGAGAUGGAUCGGGAUCUUCCAGAGGAUCUUCAAUUGGCGGAUAAUGGGAUUGCUCGAUUCCUCGUCUUCCUCAGCUUACGUACUGAAGUCCGAUCUCACCAUGUCAGCUUCGAGCUAUGCUGAUAAGUUCAUGUCUGAAGAUGCAUCGUAUCCAUCUUCUCGUCCAAAUCUUCCAUUGCUUCACGAAAUGAUCCAAAUCAGCUGCAGCCCCUUGAAGUCGUCUCCUCCAUGUAAUCAAAACAAAUCCCAGAGAGAUGUCGAAUCGAUUCAGAGAGAAAGACUUAUCGAUGAUCAUAGAGAUAUAGAUGAGACGAUGCUGGAAAAGAGUAGAGAAGCCUCCAGAAGGAUUGAUAUGAUGAUAACCGAGGAUGAUGAGUUAGCCGAUGAAACAGAGAUAUCAUGGAGGAGUAAAGAAAAAGAAGCAAUGGAGAAGAAGGCCGUGAAGGAUAAAGAGAGUGAGAGAUUAGACGAAUUGUUGGAGAAAUGUAAUUUGGUACAGAAUAGCAUAGCCGAGAAGCUCUGCAUUUACUUUUGA